AUGGAUUCAAAAAAUCUCGCCAAAAUAAUUUUACUUGAGGACGAAGAAGAAGAUGAAGAAGUGAUAUUAUGGUGGUCUAGUCAACGAGAAGAUUUUGACAGAUUGUACCAAUCUCGCAAGGAAGAGGGAUAUUUUAAAAUUCUAAUGAAGAAUCACCUGGAUACAAACGAACAAACAUUUCGUGAAUUUUUUCGUUUAAAUAAGGAACAGUUCCAGUUUGUUCUGAAUAUAGUAUCGACAGAUUUAAAGAAAAAAUCCACAAAUACCGUUCACGACCCUAUAUCUCCGGAAGAAAAGUUGGCAUUGGCGUUAAGGUAA